AUGGACAGCGACGCUCAGAAUGACCCUCUCUUUCCUAUAGCUGUUCUUAUAGAUGAAUUGAAGCAUGAUGACGUACUUUUACGACUCAAUGCCAUUCACAGACUUUCUACAAUAGCUUUGGCGCUCGGAGCUGAGCGGACGAGAGACGAGCUGAUACCCUUCCUAGACGAGUCUGUUGAGGAUGAAGACGAAGUUCUCACAGCAUUAAGUGAAGAGCUUGGGAGCUUCGUAGAAUAUGUUGGGGGUCCCGAGUAUGGGCACGUGCUCCUGUCACCUUUGGAGAAUCUUGCAGCGAUAGAGGAGCCUCUCGUGCGGGAGAAGGCUGUCGAGUCAUUGAACAAGAUAUGCCACGAACUCUCACAAGAACAAGUCGAAGCCCAUUUCAUCCCACUGACAAUGCGCCUUUCGAAAGCCGAUUGGUUCACAUCGAAGAUCUCUGCUACUGGACUUUUCUCCGUGCCCUAUUCAAAAUCCUCGCCCACUUCACAGGAGAGCUUAAGACAGCAGUUUGGUACCCUGGUUCAUGAUGAGACUCCUAUGGUUCGACGGCAAGCGGCGAGCAAUCUUGCAAAGUUCGUGAAGGAAAUGCCGCCUAACACCGUGAUUGAUGAAAUGAUACCCCUAUUCCAGCACCUAGCGGGAGAUGACCAAGAUAGUGUGCGGCUGCUGACAGUCGAGAUUCUUAUCGCGAUUGCGGAGGUUGUCCCAAAGGAGCAGCAAACGAGUCAUGGCACCCUUCUAGCCGCUUUGCGAAGUUUGUUCGAGGACAAGAGCUGGAGAGUAAGAUAUAUGGUUGCAGACAGGUUCGAAAAGAUAGCAAGAGCUGUUGACGAGGAAACCGUGCAGCGUGAUCUAGUCCCAGCUUUUGUCAAAUUACUCAAAGAUACGGAGGCAGAAGUCCGGACCGCAGUUGCAGGUCAAAUUCCAGGUUUCUGUGGACUUUUGGAUCGAGAGACACUACUCAACGAAAUCAUGACAAGUAUAGAGGACCUCGUCUCGGACACAUCGCAGCAUGUUCGCGCCGCUCUAGGUACGCAAAUUAGCGGUCUUGCUCCAAUACUCGGCAAAGACGAAACCAUCUCACAUCUUUUACCUAUGUUCUUGCAAAUGCUCAAGGACGAAUUCCCCGACGUUAGACUUCACAUCAUCUCAAAGCUCGAAUUGGUAAACAAAGUUAUCGGGAUUGAGCUUCUCUCACAGUCGCUUCUCCCUGCAAUCGUUCAGCUCGCUGAGGACAAGCAAUGGAGAGUACGCCUAGCCAUAAUUGAAUACAUACCGCUGCUUGCGAGCCAACUAGGCGUCGCUUUCUUUGAUGAGAAGUUGAGCACACUCUGCAUGAGCUGGCUCGGUGACACCGUUUUCUCUAUACGAGAAGCUGCUACAAAGAAUUUGAAGAAAUUGACCGAAGUCUUCGGCGUUUCAUGGGCAAGCGAAGCCAUCAUCCCUAAAGUCAUGGCUAUGGGUCAGCACCCAAAUUACCUCUAUCGAAUGACGACCUGCUUCGCCAUAUCCACUCUUGCGCCGGCCAUUGAUCUUGCAACCAUCGAAAAGUCAAUUCUCCCAAUGAUGGACCGAUUGGUGACAGAUGAUAUCCCGAAUAUACGCUUCAACGUCGCCAAAUCUUACACCAUUCUAAUUGAUAUACUCAAACGCUUACCAGCAGAAGGCACCAUUCACGAACUCGACAACUCAAAGUCUUCAAGCACUCCUUCACCCAAGGGCCAAGCACUAAUCCAAGAAUCAAUCUUACCGAAUCUGGAGAAACUGCAGCAAGAUGGGGAUGUAGAUGUAAGGUUCUUCGCUUCGACAGCUGCGGAUAGGGUUGGGGAUCGAAUGGUAACGUCGCCGUAA